ACAUCAUUGACGUCAACUUUUAAAACAAAGUAAAAAAAAUACAUUCACUAUUCGAUGGAGAAAGUUGGCCACAUUUUGUGAAUAUUUUGGUUACAAACGUAACCAUCGUUGUGGAUGCCUUCAAAAUUGCGCUUACAUUUCGCUUUGUUACAGACAAUCUGAGUAAGGUCAACGAUUUGCUAUCUGGGAAGUGACCAGCAAAACAAAACUUGUUGAUGAUGGAUUUGGAAAGCGCUAACCACGAUUUACUUUUAUUUCUGUGCCGUAUAGGGAAAUGGAGUCGCCUGGAGCUCCUUCCAAGCAGAAACGUCGCCCUCGAAAGCAUAAAACGAAACAACAGGAAUUGAUCGCACAGACACCGCCGACCGCAGUAAUUAAACAGACACAAGUCACAGAGAACAAAGAAAACUCUCAACUGGUGUCCGAACCCGUACUUAGUCGAAAUCCCAGCAAGAGACGUCGCAAGCGAAAUAAAGUUAAGAAACCAGGAUCAGAUUUUGAAACAAUUCAGACAAUUGCUCUCGAUGAGGUCUUCCCAGGAACUAAAUUAUACCCGUUAGAAAAUCAAGCUGUUCCAAAAACAGUACGAAUUGUACCAGUUGAAAGACCUGUUAGGGUUUCUGAACAGGUGCUACCAGUUAUAACCAAGCGCUCAACGAUCAUAGAUAUCGCUUCGGAACACAUUUUUCCUUCUGAGGAAAAGACGAAGAAAGCAACGAGCAAUCGUUCUGUUGCUGACAUAUCGGCAGCAGAAAUAUUCCCAUAUUCGACUAUUUACACCUUCGACAAUAUUCAAAUACCAAGAAAAUUGAAGCCUAUUGCGGCGAAUAAUUCUCGAAAGAACGAGUACUGCCAAAGGGUAAAUCCUAUCCAGGGAAUAGUAGAUACGCCACUGGAACAACUCUUUCCCGUUGACACACAGCAAAAGCAGACUAAAAUUAGAACCGAACCAAACAUGAACCAGCCCAAGGUGGAAAAAUCUCGGGAGGAGAUUCUAGCGGAACGGGAAGCUAAAAAAGCUGCGAAGGCAGCAGCGAAAGGCAAACCAAAGGAUAAAACGAAACCAGCUACUGCUGCGCCUGUGUCAACCGCUUCUUCCCUGCAAAAAUCCAGCACUGAUAGCAGUAUAUCCGAACAGUUGUCCAAGUUGCAUAUCUCCGAAGAAACAGCCCCGAAAGAAACGCAGAGCAAUAAUAAAGCCGAACGCAAAGCUCUCUUCGAAACACAACGCGCAUCGACUGGUGCCAACCAGACCGCAAAACCCGUAACGACUAAAGCUGAACGAAGAGCCCUGCAGGAAGCACAACGUGCCGCUAAGGUUGCAGCUCAAGCCAAGAAAGCUGUUCCCGAAGCUGCUAAAACGAAAACCGAACCAGUAAAAGUGCUCAAAAAGGAAUCGAGCCCGACUGAGCAAGCGAAAAAAACCGUUAAGUCCGACUCUACCCAGCAACCUCACAUGGUUCGACUAUUGAAUCAUCUGUACACGGCUAAAUUCGCCGCCUCGGAAAUUGUUAACUCGACGCAGCUUCAUCCGGCCAUCACGAAGCUUGGCGUGCAGUACGCUGAUGGUGCAAUCGCCGGCUCCAAGGUACGCUGUUUAGCGUUCCUAAAGGCUGUGAUGCAAAUGAUUAGCGACUACGAGACACCGCCGGAGAAGGAAUUUUCUCGGGGCUUCGAAGAGGCACUUAAUCCGAACAUCGUUCACCUGCAACGCUGUCGACCAUUCUCCGUUUCGAUGACUAACGCCCUCAAGUAUAUCAAAAUGCAUACGCGGCAGUUGAACGCCAAGGAUUCUGAUUCAGAUCAAAAAGAAUACCUUCUGGAUGCCAUCCAAACCUAUAUACGCGAUCAGAUUGAGAAAGCAGAGGAGGCGAUCAGCAUUUCGGUGCAGGAAAAGAUCUACGAUGGCGACGUCAUACUCACGUACGGCUGUUCGUCACUCAUAAAACAUAUUCUGGAGGAGGCCAACCGGCGCCAGAAGAGCUUUCGUGUAGUGAUUGUGGACUCACGGCCACGCAAUCGAGAGCACGAAAUGCUUCGUCAACUUGUGAGCCAGGGCAUUGACUGCACUUGUGUCCUAAUCAAUGCUAUCAGCUACGUAAUGCCAGAGGUUACAAAGGUUUUACUGAGCGCACAUGCCCUGCUCGCGAACGGGUGUGUGAUGUCCCGCGUUGGAACCGCCCAAAUAGCGCUAGUGGCGAAAGCGUUCAACGUACCGGUGUUGGUAUGCUGCGAGACGCAUAAAUUUAGCGAGCGUGUUCAAACGGAUGCGUUUGUUUAUAACGAAAUCGGUAAUCCCAAUGACUUAAUCCUGAACUCGGGCACUCGAGAGAACCAACUUCACAAUCCACUGGCUGAAUGGGAAUCAAUCAGUAGUCUAACCCCGCUGAACCUACACUAUGACGUGACGCCUCCAGAACUGGUAACAGCUGUCGUCACGGAGGUGGCCAUUCUGCCCUGUACGAGUGUACCGGUUAUUCUACGCAUUAAACCUUCGGAAGUUGGUUAUUGAUUGGGUUAUGCAUGGCACGAAUGUUAUUCGUUUUCAAUAUACCUAUCAUGUGACGCUCAUCUGACUUUAGAUCUUAAA